AUGAAUUUUGAAUUUUUACGAACAAUACAUGGAUUCAUCAACGUACUACAAGUGUGCUUUGGAUUUGCUGCAAUCUUCGCCUCAUCACUUAUAUGGAACAAUUCUAAUCUCUACUUCCAGUUCAUCUACCAAGGAUUCGGAUGGCAAACGCUGAUAUUAUUUAUCCUAGUCAUUACAUUCAUUUUCAACUUUAUUGUGUUUCUUUCUAACCUUUUCGGUAAAGAUGUACUCGGCACACUGCUUCUCAUGUAUGCUAUCUGUCUAGUCCUACUUAUUAUAUCAGCUUCACUAGAAACGUGGUACUGUGGAAAAUCUGCAGGAUAUAUUCAUAGUCGGUUUGUAGCUGUGACUGUGAGUUUUACUCGUUUUAUUUCCUCCUUCCAUUUAUCCGCUUCAAUAGCCAAAUAUGUUUUAGAUCUUCAACUGGUUACUCGUAGUCAGUUACAUUGCCCUACUCGUGGUGACUAUACUAUUUGUAUAAGAUGA